AUGGGGAGGGGGAGAGGGAGAGGCCUCCUGCCUCCGCCGGCGCCUCCACCUCAGGCUCAGAUUGGGGCUGACAUCCAAAGGAGGAUUGAUAGGCAAAAUCAAAACCGGAACCAAAGGGCUAUUGACAGGGUGGCGAAGCGUGUGCAGCCUCAGCCUGAGCAGCACAAUGAGGAGCAGCACAAUGUGGAGGCUGAGCCUCCGCCUGAGCAGCACAAUGAGGAGGGUGGGCCUCAGCCCGAGGAUGAGCAGCACAAUGAGGAGGAGGAGCCUCAGAAUUUGUUGCUGGAUAAUGUGGAUAAUGAGAAUUUGGGGCCUCAUGAUCUGUCGCCUGAGAAUUUGGGGCCUCAGAAUUUGUUGACUGCGGGGGAUGGGGAGAGGGAGGAGCAGGCUGUGGAUAAUGAGAAUUUGGGGCCUCAUGAUCUGUCGCCUGAGAAUUUGGGGCCUCAGAAUUUGUUGACUGUGGGGGAUGAGGAUGAGGAUGAUAUGCCGGUUGAUAAUCUGAAUUCGGAGGAUGAUAAUCUGAAUUUAGAGGAUGAUCCGCCUCUUCACAAUGAUAAUCUGAAUUUGGUGGCUGAUCCGCCUAUUCAGCCUGUGGUUAAUCUGAAUUUUGUGGCUGAUCCGCCUAUUCAGCCUGAGCCUGUGGUUAGGGAGCCUCCGCGUGGGGAUAUGCGGGACCAAGGGGCUAAUAGUAAGAGGGCGGUGAAGGUGCCUGUGGUUAGGGAGCCUCUGCGUGGGGAUAUGCGGGACCAAGGGGCUAAUAGUAAGAGGGCGAAGAAGACGGAUAAGAGAGAGCAGGCUCAGGAUGGGUUCAAUCACUUUAGGCCCAAGGAUGAGAAUGGAGUUAAAGCGUAUUUAUUCAAGCUCGCAUUUAAAAGUCUACGCCUCUGUAAGGCUAUGGAAAUAAUUUUGAAAGAAAUGCCUACUGAAAAUUCUUCCAUAGGCUGGGAGGAUUUUAUCCAUAUGGUUCACAAAUCGCUUGAGGAAAUUUUUGACACCUAUCAGUUGACUAAUCAAGGUGAAAAGGUGGAUUUCAAUGAAUUUUACAAAGAGGAGGUUGCAAAUGACACAAUACAUGAUGAUCUCCAUGAUUUUUUGGGAGCAAAUUUUGGAGGGUUGUUUGAAGUUGUAAUUGAAGAGAAUGGGAGGGUCUACGCAGUGAGCCAGGAUAAAGAGCCUGGUGGUAAGUACCUAGAGUACCCGUGGCUGGUGUGGAAACUUAACCAAUGUCGCAAGGAUGAGGACUAGGUCUCUCCGUUGUUACGAGAGUGACGAGGAGGAUGGAAAACUACGAGAGUGACGGGGAGAAGGGGGACACAAUUAGUGAGUCGAGCUCGGAUUUGUUCGAGCUCGACUUUGGGAUUAAGGAUAGGUUUUGUGAAGAGCUACCGGUGUAUGAAACCACUUAUUUUGAUAAGAAUCGCCGUUUAUUUCGUUAAUGACAGAGUAAUUUGUGUCUAAUCAAUUCUAAUUUUACCAUUGAUAUAUAAAUGUGUAGAUACUAAUAUAAAAAUUGUGAAAUGUAGGUUUUUCUAUUUGGAAUUGAUCACCAAUAUUCUGUUACUUUUUGUAGUUUUUCCAGUUUGUGGAAAUUGAUGAUUGAACUAAGUGUGGAUUUAUUACAAGAAAUUAAGAUUUAUUACAAGCUCGAGUCCGGCAGCCGAAGGCACUGCAUGUCAUAGGUAGGGAACCGUGGACUAUCGAAAAGAAUACAAUAUCAAAUUUAUAAAUUUGACUUUGAAACUUAGCAAUUACAAGACCACUUUAUUUUUUUUAGAAUUGCGGUGUGAUUUUAUCAUUAAAAAGGAUGAUUAGUUCUAAAUUUAUGAAAUGUGAGUAAAUUUUGAUUUUUUAUAAUAAUAAAAUUAGUGAAUAAAUUAAUGCACAAAUUUUGAUUAAGAUGAUUUUAUAACAUUGCAAAUUAGGAUUUCAGCCAAAUCAAAAAAAGUGGCGUAUCAUCAGAAACUAGCAUUUGCACUCGUGCAACGCACAAAAAAU